AAAAAAAAAAUAUCUCUUCCAUAUUCCUUUAUUUUCUUCCAUCACUUUCCAGCUGUUAAAAGUACUUGGGUUUUUGGAUCCAAAUCUUGAAGUCCAUAUGUCUAUAUAAGGCUUCAUCCAAAUCAGUCACAAAAAAGAAUAGUUCAAAAUCCUAAAAACUUGACACUUGGGGAGCUGUAAAUGGGCCAUAUUUCCAUUGUCAAUAUCCCAUGCUGACCUCUAUUUCAGUUGUAUAUGCUCUACUGAUUUGAGGGCAUAAAAAUUGAACCUUUGGUGAGCUAAAAAAGAAGGUAAUUUUGGGUAUUGUUUCAAAUAAUCAAAAGGGGUCAUCUUGAUUUUUCUCUUAUGUAUUCUCCACUCAUAAAGAUUGAAGCUUUGGACCAUUUCAAGAAAGAAAGAAAAGAUUGAAGAUUUGGUGAGCUAAAAAAGGAGGUAAAUUCUUUGUUGUUUCAAGUGGAUCAAUGGGGUCAUCUGGUUUUUUCCUCUUAUGUAUUCUUCAUUCAAUGGUGGCCUUAACUUCUGGAGCUUUACUAAUGUUUUAUAGCAAUGAAGUAUUUAUAUUUAGCCAUGGCAGAGAACGGGCUAGUAAGCUUCUUGGAUCGACGCCUCAUGACCAAUUGAUAAUCCAAACAUCAGAUUCAUUUUCAGGACUGCUUUUAUUUGCAAUUGGUUUUUUCUUGUUCAUGGUUGCAUUUGUAAAAGACAGAGAGUUCCAAAGCUUCUUUGCUAAGGGAUGUGUCUUCCUUCAUAUAGCUAUGUCUAUUUGGAGAAUUUACUUUGAGAGCAAACUUGAGGAUCUCGGCCGUGAUUGGCUGAGAUUUGUUGUUGCUGACAUUGCUUUAGGACUUUCUUGGGUUUUCUUUCUUGUGUAUUCUUGGAGAGAGAAGUAUGAUUAGUCGUCGUUAAAAUUGGAACGAUACAGAGAAGAUUAGCAUGGCGCCUUAGCAAGGAUGACAUGAACAAAUCGAGGAAAGUGUGAUUAGUCUUUGUUUACUUGUGAUUGCCAUGUUCAUGCCUUGAAAGAAACAUCGAAGUCCAUAUUUACAUUUGUAUUCCACAAGAACGAUAAAAUUUGUUCUUGUUCAAAGAAUGAAUCAGCUAUGUCUCAAUUCCGAACUAGUUGGAUUGGGCUAAAGUUAUGUGAAAGUAUGCAUCAUCAAGGACUUAUGGAUAUGCUUGUGUGAUAGGAGACUACUUUGCAAGUGAGAUGUUGAAACACAACCAGAUUGUGCUUCUUUGCUUCAAUCUUGUAUGGUACUUUCUUCUCCUCUUUUUGUUGACAAUUUUUGUAUAGUACUUCAUUUUUUGCCUUAAUUAUCUUUGAUGUAAGUUCUGUUGAUAGAAUGAGAAGUGUUUGUGAUCA